UUUCCGUCCAAGCAUGCCCUGAGCUUAACUCGUGUUGUUCCGGAUUCUGCAAUUGUUACAACUCGGCGCUCGCCUGCCAUGUUUGUUCAGCUUGCACUGCUGCGGCCAGCGUCAAACAAUGGAUAUAGUGGUGUCAUCUCGUGUUACCAAACAUUCCAAUUUCCUCACCGGUUCAGGGUAACAGAAACGAGACGCAACCGCAUAAUCCGAGGUUGGCGGGAUAGCUGA